AUGGAAAACUCACAUUCUGCGGGUGACUCUGCUUUAGAACAGGCGGUUAUAAGUAAAAACAAGGAAUUUCUAUACGCGUUUCUCGGUCUGCAGGAAGACACAAAAGAGAAGAUGGUGCAAGGCGUGUCAGAGAAAAUGGUGAUUCCGCUAUUGGAGGUGUUUACUGAGCUGUUUGAGAAAAAAGAAAUGCGAUAUGAAGUGGUUUUGGCGAUUCGGUCAAUACUGUCUUGGAGAAGAAACGAGUUCAAAUCUGUAAGUAUCAACGUGGUGGAAAACAUGGACGAAAGCAUCGAGCCUGCAAAACAGCAGAACGACAACCGAGACGCGCUGAAGAAGAUACUCAUGGCAAUCAACAAGGAGAAGGUGGAUCUGAACAAAAUAUACGAGCUAAAAGGAAAGCUAUCUUUUGUUCGCGACUCGGUUGAAGAGAGAAGAGGGGAAAAGGAGAACGUUCCCGUCUGUAGAGAGCAAUAG